UCCGGAGUGACGGGCGGGAAUCGUUCCAAGUGUGCGGCCGCGAAAGCCAUGUAGCAAUGUUAGAUAAGGAACUAUAUUUUAAUUUAUUUUCAGUUUUUAUUAUCAUAAGGUUUCUGAGUCUGGCGACAUGGAGUCCGAGACGGGACGAAGCAAUGGGAUCCUGCGUGCGGUUUGAAGAUCGAGGAUGUUUUUGUGAUGGUGGACGGACUGGUGCCAAUCAUGGAGCCUGAGCUGAACUGCAGCUCCCAGUGUGAGUCCCCAUUUUGCUUCAUCCAAUCUGGAGUCAGCAGGCAGGACAGCCUCGACGUUCUGCAGAGGCUAUGCAGUCUCAGCACGAUGGCAGCAGAGCUCCCGAGGCGCUCUCUCUCAUCGGUGCUAAUUGCUGUGGUGUGGACGCUCCUCUCCUGUGGAAUCCUGUUGGCAUUUUGCUUCCUCCUUUUCACCCUGCGCUUCAAAAACAACAGGAUAGUAAAGAUGUCCAGCCCCAACCUCAAUGCCCUGACUCUCUGUGGAAGUGUCCUCACCUAUAGCAGCGGUUUCCUGUUUGCCGUCGAGGAAAGUGGAGCAUCUAUAGCUGUUCUACAAACUCGCAUGUGGAUGCUUUGUGUAGGCAGUACCCUGGUGUUUGGCCCAAUUUUGGGGAAGACAUGGAGACUGUACAGGGUGUUCACGCAGCGCGUGCCGGACAAGAGAGUGAUAAUCAGGGACAUCCAGUUGAUGGGUAUGGUGGCUCUGUUGAUCCUGGUGGACAUGCUGAUUCUCACCGCUUGGAACCUCACCGACCCCAUCAGGUGUUCACGAUCUGUGGGAGCUGUUGUCAAGGUGAUGGAAAGAGAUGUUUCCUACUCGUUGUCGCAGCUGGUUUCUUGUUCUUCUUUGUACUCAAAUCUGUGGAUCAUUAUUGUUGCUGUCCAAAAGGGUUGUCUUCUCCUCUAUGGCACUUAUCUAGCUGGACUGACAAGUAAUGUCAGCCAUCCCCCAGUCAACCAGUCUCCUACAAUCAUUACAUGCGUCACUUUGGUCACCUGCUCCUCCGCCGUUGCCACCCCCGUGUCCAUCUUCCUGCAGACUUGGCCCAACGUGGUCUACAGUACUGUGGCUGGAGCCAUCUUCAUCUGCACGCUGGCUACAAACUGCAUGCUGUUUGUGCCUCAGCUGACACAGUGGCGACAGUUUGAAGAAGAUCAGAACAACCCGAGUCAGAUGGCCAAGUAUUUCAGCAGCCCCAGUAAGAGUCAGCCAUCUGUGUACAGUCAGGAUGAAAUCUUCUACCUGCUGGGGGAAAACAGCUCAAUGAAGAAACUCCUUAAUGAGAAGAACGCCGUGAUCGACAGUCUCCAGGAGCAGGUGAACAACGCCAAGGAUAAACUCCUGAGACUCAUGUCAGCGAGCCAGCACCCUGAGGACCAAGACAUGGACUCCUCUGCCACUAACCUCAACUCGUCCUCCACUCAGACGACCGAGCUCCAGUCGGAAGGCCCCUCUACUUGUUCUCAAUCUCAGAAAGACACUAAAUCAACACUCUCGCCCUCUGCUCUCUCGCCUCACCUCACUGCUGCUCAUGGUUCAUUAUCUGCUGUUACACCGUCCUCUGCUCCUUCCUCUAUUUCAAACUACUCUGCUCCCAUUUCUGUUUCCUCCCCUCUUCCCACCAAAAUCCCUGCUUGUGAAACUCAAAACAAUGCAUCUGCUCUCAAACGGGACGCAUCCCUCCCGUUUAUGGGUUUACUCAGGACACCAGAGGAGACAGUUCAGUUUGUGACCUCUCUGCAGUACCGACGAGGGUUGAACCCCUCUAUGGCUGAAACCUUUGGUAGUUAUAGUGGCCUAAAUCUUCAGGUGGGACCAAAUACUAAACCAGCUGGUUUUGUUAGUAGCGAACAGUUGCAGGAGAUCCUACAGGAACUCAGCGUGGAUGCAAUCACGGAAACCACGCUUCGAUCUCCCGAUCAGGCGCCCAGGAUACCUUCUCAGCAAAAACUGACCAGAGACUCUACACUCUCCCCUCUCUCCCCACGGACACCCUGCUCCCUUCCCUCUCCUGCACUCUUUCGCUACCCUAGCAUCUCGCCUUAUACCAUGAGAAAAAGGCGGCGGCCCUUUCACUCCUCCAGAGGAGGUUUAGCUCCUCCCUGCUUCUACACAGGCUCUGAGGUUCCUGGCUGUGCAAGAGCAAGAGACACAUGUGCGCUCCCAAGUCCAGAAGAUAUUACUGUGGAUGAUAACUGUAUCUCACAUCACAACAGUGACCUUGAAGAGGGAAAGGAGGAAGACACGAAAGUGCGUGAAGUAGUGAGAACAUGUCAGAGGUGUGUUUCAAGGCUCCCGAGAUGUUCGGUCGUGCAUUGUGAAGAACAAAACCGUAAAGCUCCAGAGGAUGUGGGAGCAGGCGGUGAUAACGAGCAGCACCGCAGACACAUUCGAGACUCAUGUGGGUACUCGGACUCAGACUCCAGCAGCUCAACCGAUUACUGCUACUACCACCGUCCUUACUGUGACUCCUGCCUGCAGCGAGGCUCCCUCCUGUACUCAGACAGCUCCUCAGACUCCUCUGACAGCGAGUAUGAUGACUACUUGAGCCUCUACCGCUCACCACGCCCUGUGGUAUUCAAAGAAGACCUCAAACCCACCUUCGUAUGAACACGUUUACUGCACUUUACACAUUUAUCCAGUUCCAAAACUUGAAUGAAUAUUCUCAGAAAGGUUGCUAAAACGGAUGUACUUCUGUGAUGGGGGACAUUCGACAGUAGCUUACAGUAUAGGAACUUUACAUCCCAGAGAUUGUUGUUUUUCUGUGUUGCACCAUAGGUCACAGUGACUGAUUUAUGAGACUAAAACUUCUGUAGCUUAAAAACACAUAAUGCUGUUUACUUUUUAUAGUUACUUGUGGCAUUAUUUGGAUUAUUUGGAUUACUAUUUCUACUGUCUGAUGAAAACCUUUGACACUUACAGUACUGUGCAAAAGCCUUGAGUUACUCAUUUAUUUAUAUUUAGUUUCUUUUAAUUCUUUGAGUGGUUCUGAAGGACAUUUGUCUUUGGACAUUGGCUGCUUUUUCUUUCUUUUUCACAUGAGACGCAUGUUUUUUUCUGUGUUUGUUUUUUGUUAAUCUUUUUAACACUUACCUUUGAAUAAUUCAAACAUAAAAAGUGUUUGAUGACAAUGAUAACAGACAACUUAUCAAAAAAUUUUUUAAAUUGUAUGUUUAGGCACUUUGUUACUAGCAGCCGUUCCAAAAUGCAUAAUUUGUUUCCAUUUCUUUAAUCCAUAAAAAUAAAUGCCGAAGAUAACACAUUUUCACAGAUAUAAAACACAGUUUUUGCACCACGAAUUGAUUCUCAAGGUGCUAUCAGCCCACGAUAUUUCUUAUGAAUUAUAGUUUCAGUUUUCCUCAACAUAUAUGUGGGAGACCAGGAGAGAGGUGCAACAAUGAGUGCCUACAGCCAUCUGUAAAACACCGCGGAGGUUCUGUCAUGGUUUGGGAUUUCCUUUCAGGUAGUGGUUUUGGAGAU